AUGACGGAGCAGGUAGACUACCUGGUGGUGGUGUUGGCCGCCACAUCUGGCGCGAGCGGAGAGCUGCUCGGGUCCGACGAGAAGGAGCUGGGGCAGUUGGUUUGGCAGCUGGUGGAUAUAAAGAACAAAAAGUUGGGCAGGGUGAAUGAGCUCCUCAUUAAGCCUGACCUCUCAGACUUGUCAGGGGAGAAAGAGGAGGAGGAUGUGGUGGAGGAGAGUUUGGAGGAGGAGAAUGGAUCUGGAGCAGAUUGUGUCUUUACAGCCACGAGCCUUGAGACAGCUUUAAAUCUGUUUCAUCUAAAACUGACUAAUGAAGUGAACAGCGCUGGCGCAGGCACUUCUGUAUAUUUGUGUACAGACGGGCAGCUCCACAUCCGUCAAGUGAUUCACCCCGAGGCUGCGAGCAAGAACAUCCCAGUCCCAGACUGUUUCUACUCUUUCUUUGACCUACGGAAAGAGUUCAAGAAGCACUUCUCGUCAUCGGACCUCAAAACUUUGAAUGUACACAUCAUGGCAGAGUCUCUUUGCAUACCUGCUGACGUGCCGGCCAUGUGGGGCCCCUCAGCCACAUUGGAUUCAUCAGCCGUAUUGCCCCCAGAAAUAGCUGUACAGCAGGUCCAGAUUAUGGGCAACAUCAUCCUGGCGAUGCUUUCUGAGCCAUUUAGCCACACGUUUUCCAACCCAGAGAGAGUUAGUGAGAAGUUUGAGACCGGCACUUGCAGUAAGAUGGAGAAAGUGUGCAACAACACAGUGAUCAGAGCCAGAGGGUUGCCAUGGCAGUCGUCUGACCAGGAUAUUGCUCGAUUUUUCAGAGGACUUAACAUUGCCAAAGGAGGGGCUGCGUUGUGUCUUAAUGCUCAGGGGAGGAGGAAUGGAGAAGCCCUUGUUCGUUUCGUCAGUGAGGAGCACAGAGACCUGGCGCUCCAAAGACAUAAACACCAUAUGGGCAACAGAUACAUAGAGGUUUACAAAGCAACAGGAGAGGACUUCCUGAAGAUAGCAGGAGGUACCUCCAACGAGGUAGCGAUCUUCCUGUCCCGCGAGGACCAGAUCAUAGUGAGGAUGCGAGGUCUCCCUUUCACCGCCACACACGAGCAGGUCCUUGCCUUUUUCUCGCCGGGGGAGGGUCUUAAAGAAACAUGUCCGGUCAGCGGAGGGAAGGACGGCAUCCUAUUUGUUCGCUACCCAGACGGGCGUCCCACUGGAGACGCCUUUGUGUUGUUCGCCUGUGAGGAACAUGCUCAGUCUGCUUUGAGGAAACACAAGGAAAUCCUGGGCAGGAGAUAUAUUGAGCUGUUCAAAAGUACAGCAGCAGAGGUUCAACAGGUGUUGAACCGGUACUCAUCAGCCCCACUAAUCCCUGUUGCUCCUGCCCCUUUGGUGUCAAUGAUGCCUGCGGUGUCUCUUCUGCCCCCUCCUGGCGGUGUGCGGGACUGUCUGAGGUUGAGGGGGCUGCCAUACACAGCGAGCAUAGAGGACAUCCUCGCCUUCCUGGGCGAGUUUACACACGAUAUCAGACCACAUGGUGUGCACAUGGUCCUCAACCAGCAGGGCCGUCCUUCAGGGGACUGCUUCAUCCAGAUGACCUCAGCUGAGCGGGCAAUUCAGGCCUCACAGCGGCUCCACAAGCAUGUAAUGGCCAGCCAGCGUGGGGCAAACAGCCGCUACGUGGAGGUGUUUCCCUGCAGCGCCGAGGAGAUGGGCCUGGUGCUGAUGGGAGGCUCCCUCUCACACACACAUACACACACACACACCCGGAGCAGGAGUGGGACAGGGCUAAGCCCGCCGCCAUGUAAGUCCAGACGUUUAUCUCCACCAUCUUACUCCUUCACCCCUGCUCCACCUGUCCUGCCUACAGAGGCUGCUUUAUCCCUCUACCCUCCCCUUGGGCAGGUGUUGCUGACCCCUCGUCCCCUGCCUCCAGGACAUGCCUACUACCCUAGUUCAGCUCAGCUUUACAUGAACUACACAGCCUACUACCCAAGCCCACCUGGCUCUCCUACAACUGUAGGCUACUUCCCCUCCCCCCCAUCCCUGUCCUCCCCAGGGGGGUUGGUGCGCAUGCCAGGUAUGACCUACAACAGCAACGGAGUCAAAGACCUCAUUAAUGCAGUGCAGGGAUACCAGUAUGCCCCCGAGGAUGCUCUCAUGCACGCCCAUGGGCCCGUGCAUGCUCACGACCCGACCAGGACAUUGCUUACGCAGCCCAAAGAAUGGAGGCCCGCGGAGUCCGUUUCUGUCUUGAACAGCAGUCUGAUCGGUCAGUCCAGCGGAGGUGAUGCUCCUCUCAUGUCCCUCCCCGCUUUCAUGACCAAGCCAGCGGGACAGUACCUGGACCUGACCCUGCUGUAG